AUGCCUGAACCCGCCAAGUCUGCGCCCAAGAAGGGCUCCAAGAAAGCCGUGACCAAGACGGCCGGCAAAGGAGGCAAGAAGAAGCGAAGGACAAGGAAGGAGAGCUACGCCAUCUACGUGUAUAAGGUGCUGAAGCAGGUCCACCCUGAUACCGGGAUCUCCUCCAAGGCCAUGAGCAUCAUGAACUCUUUCGUCAAUGACAUUUUUGAGCGCAUCGCCUCUGAGGCCUCUCGUCUGGCUCACUACAACAAGCGCUCCACCAUCACCUCCAGGGAGAUCCAGACCGCUGUGCGGCUCCUGCUGCCCGGCGAGCUGGCCAAGCACGCCGUGUCUGAGGGCACCAAGGCGGUCACCAAGUACACCAGCUCCAAGUAAACUCCGCUGUGGGAGUUCACUCAACCCAAAGGCUCUUUUAAGAGCCACCCACAAUGUCUGAAGAGCGCUGGUCCUGAUACUUUAAUCUUCAAACUAUUAUAUUAAGAAAUUCAAAGAAUGAUCAAAUUUAGAAUCUGACAGAUAAAAAUAAAGCAAUACUCUUAUUUCACCUUUUUUAUUAAAUUAUAUAUAUUAGUCUGAUGCCAUUUUGCGGUGGUUUAUCUUGAAUCCUGUAGUACUUUAGGUGUUUCUGUGUUUUUGUAACAUUCUGGAAUAAAUUUGAUAGCUUAGAAAUCCUUCCUGCCACAUGCCAUCUCACUGUACAAUAAAAGCUAAAUCAUUGUUCUGCACUAAUCAGUCCAAUUUCGCACAACUGCACUGUGGCACACUUGCUGUACAUAUAUUUACAUAUACAUACUGUUUCUGCAUCUUUGAAUCCUUGCAAGGUCUGCUCUAAGCUGCUUUUUAUAUUGACAGCAUGUUAUAUUUUAUUUUUAUUUUAUCUUGUCUACAUUGCUACUCAGUGGUGGAUGUUGUGUGUCUUGUCUCUAUGCUGCUGUAACUGCGAAAUAAUUUCCCUGCUGGGAUGAAUAAAGUUAUUCUAUUCUAUUCUAUAGUUAGCUUAACAUUGUUCUGUUUUCUCCAUCUGGAGACACAGACACUUCGAAAGAAUGUACCUAAGGGAAUUUAGUUUGUGUCUUUAUGUGCAAUUCAUGUUACAACUUUUUUUUCAGAAAUGAUCUAGAAUCCAGAUUUAUCUGCAGAAACCGAUAGUGCUCUGAUUAUAAAGUUUGCUUGAACUGAUUCCUGUGAAAAUGGUACAUAAACCAACUAAAAAUCUUACAGAAACUGAUUAAGAAUUGAGUGAAUUAUUCAAAUUUCUACCCUGGCAGUUCAGCUGUUGGCUCCUUUCUCCUGCUGGACCAAGUGGUACAAUCGAGACGGUCCCAGUGGAUCCAGGAACUGGGUGCAGGUGAGCGCUCUCAGAAAACCCUGGAGGAAGCCUUUGUGCUGAAGCUGUGUACAUCGAAGCCGUUACUGUCGACGGCGAGAUCCCAGCCAUCAGAACAGGACUACAGUCCCACCAAGGGGUUUGUUUGCUGCAAUAGCGACCAGAACACUGGAACCUGCAGGAACUACAAAGUUCGCUUUGGAUGCUGCUGCCAACAAGGUCAGUUGCGUAUCAUCGGCAAAUUAAGCUUCUGGUCUUGACCACAUUUUGCUUGAAUCUUGUAGUUUUCCCUACAUAAUUACUAAAGUAAGCUUUGGACUUUCUGUGACAUGCUUUGGGAUUUGUUGGUGAUUCCUUAAUAAAAUGUGCAGAGGUGAGAAUAUGUGCUUUUUUUCUAGGAAUUAUGGAAUAUAAUUAAGGUGAUGUAUAACUUCAAAACAAAUUUAAUGAAAA